AUGAAUGACAGUACCCUUCAAAACGGUAGCGCAACGCAGAGUUCGCUUGGCACUUUAAAGUCCUUCCCAGACGAUGCUGCCGUAAAGGAGUUUCUGGCGUCGCAGGUUAAAGAAGGUUUUGCUUCCAGUGCUUACUGGGGAGUUACGGGUGAGGUUCCGCCUCGUGAGCCUGAUGAUGUUGCAAGGAAAAAGCCGCAUCGUUUUGAGAUGGAAAUUAGCCGAAAACUGGUACCUUUCCCAGAAGACAAAACAAGUUUACCACGGACACUGGACUAUACACUAAUUGGAAUGCAUCGCCUUAAAGGGGAUGGUUCAGAGGUUAAACCUCAGUUGAAUGCUUCGCAAAUGCGUGCGCUGGAGGCAAGUCUAACACUUCGCGCUGGAGACGGCACUGAUGGAAAUAAACCAUAUCUAAUGGAAACCACAACGACACAGAACCGAACUAUUGGAAAAGGAACGUUCGAUCCUGAUGUACUUGAUGCCCUUAGAAAAGGUGAAGAAGAUGUGGAAGAUGCGACGAAGAAUCGGGAUGAUUUGAAGGGCGCCACACUUGAAACCGGAGUACCAGAUCCAUACCGUCCAACCUCAUGGGAUUAUUGUGACAUGAGUGGCAUUGAUCCCUCUUCCUACUGGGUUAUGCAAAGAGACCCGAAAGAUCCAUACAGUGACUCUACAUUACCUGUUUACAAAAGUCGAUAUAAUUUGGUGGAGAAGGAAGGACCUAUACGACGUGAAAAAACGGCAACAAUGAUACAGAGAGAGAAAAAUGUAGAUAAAUAUUCUUUAAAACAAAAAAUGGAAAAUAUGAAUACAAGUUCAUUACCAAAGGGUUAUCAACCUUGGUCUGCAAGUGAACUUAUGAGUACUACACAUGAUUGUCAUGCCCCUUAUGAUAUUCCAGGAGCUGUUGCAAGUAAUGAACGUCAUGCCACUGCUCCACUCCCGAGAACAUACCACACAUUAACUCCUGCACAUGAAGAGACUGUUACUCGGGUAACUCAAAGACGAUUGAUGCGACAUGACGGAAAUUGGGGUACUGAGUACUCUGAUUCAUUUAUGGAUCGAUUUGGUCAAGCGGAAGUUAAUAAAGAUCAUAGCAAGAGGAGUAUUUUUGAUAUACGUUACGGUAUUUACACCAUGCACCAUUCUGCGCAUCAUCCACGCAGUGAUACAGCAACUGGAGAAAACUAUACUCCAUCCCAGAUAGUACCUGGACAAUACACAACGAUGACUCAACAACCACUUCAUGCUCGCAAUGUAGUAGAUUAA